ACUUAAAACAUAAGAAAUAAGCAGAUGAAGGUUGAAAUUCCCAAUGGCUCUACAGUUACAUCAUUACUACUACCUUUACCUUUCAAGGGGGUUGCAUGUCAUUGCCAAACGUCCCCAACUUGUUCUGCCUGUAACUAGGAUCGCAAAUAGUUAUGUGUCUACCUCUCUCUCUCAGGCAUUGCAUCAAACAGUUUCACUACCCUCUCACUCUCAGAGUCAGUGUCCUUAUGACUAUGCACCCUUCAACUUCAACUUCGAUUUGGAUGACCCAUCUCUACCCCCAUUCCUCGAAUCGCUCAAAAAGGUCGCCCAUUUGUCGCCGCAAGCAGAUGGUGUCGACUUUUCAGGAUUCCACGCAAAUAGAGAUUUGAUAUGUUCCGCUAUUUGGGCCUUGCGGGAAGAUUGGAAACCUGCAUUUCUCGCCUUCAAAUGGAAUUGCCAUGAUAAUGAUGAGAAAGUUUGCAACUUGAUGAUAUGGGUUUUGGGAACUCAUGGAAAGUUUUCCACUGCCUGGUCCAUCAUUCGAGAUAUGCAUCGUUCUUCUCUGUCCACCUAUCGGGCUAUGCUUAUUAUGAUUGAUAGAUAUGCAUAUGCAAAUAACUCAGCCAAGGCUAUUCAAACAUUCUACUUUAUGGACAAGUUCAGAUUGACUCCUGAUCAGGAAGCAUUCCAUGCACUUUUGAAUGCUCUUUGUAAAUAUGGAAACGUCGAAGAGGCUGAAGAGUUUAUGCUAGCAAAUAAGAAGCUCUUCCCACUAGAGAUUGAGGGCUUUAACAUUAUUCUCAAUGGAUGGUGUAAUAUAACAAAUGAUGUAUAUGAAGCUAAAAGAGUAUGGAGAGAAAUGUCGAAAUGCUGUAUAACACCAGAUGCUACUUCCUAUAGCCACAUGAUUUCCUGCUUUUCAAAGGCAGGGAAUCUUUUUGACUCUCUUAGACUCUAUGACCAGAUGAAAAAAAGGGGAUGGAUCCCCGGGAUAGAGAUUUAUAAUUCUUUAGUACAUGUUUUAACUCGUGAAAAUUGCUUGAAGGAAGCUCUCAAGACUAUAGAUAAGAUGAAAGAACAAGGUUUGCAGCCAGAUUCUGCCACCUUCAACUCCAUGAUACUCCCUCUUUGUGAAGCUGGUAAACUAGCAGAGGCAAGAAUAGUAUUAAACACAAUGAUAGAGGAGAAUAUCAGUCCAACCACUGAGACCUACCAUGCAUUUUUUGAGGUUACAGAUUAUCAAGGAACAUUGGAAUUUCUGAGCAGGAUGAAAGGUUCUGGUUUGGGUCCAAAUAAGGAUUCCUUUCUCAUAAUUCUGGUAAAAUUCUUAAAGUUGAAGCAACCUGUAAAUGCACUGAAAAUUUGGAUAGAAAUGAAGACAUAUGAUGUGGUGCCCAGUUGUAUGCAUUACAAAACAAUGGUUGAAGGGCUUGUAACAUGUAGGUGGUUCAUAAAGGCCAGGGAUUUUUAUGAGGAGAUGCUUUCAAAUGGAUGUUCAGAAGACCCAAAGCUUAACAAGAUCUUUCAAAAAGAAAUACUUGAUAGUGGUGGUGAAGGAAAACAUAAUGUUGUAAGGGCUAAUAGUGAUAAAACUGUGAGUAUUCUGAGAAAAGAUAAGAUGAAAUGGAAAAAUCAUUGAGACCAGUCAAGAAAGAAGACAUUCUCCAACUCGGAGCAGAGAAACAAGAGCACCCAAUAUUUAUCUUGCCAUUCUACAUUCUACUGUUGUAAAUACAAGCAUUCAGUGCUAGUACUGUUAAUUAUGGUGGAAUUUCUAGAGAAGUUCACUUUGUCAUAGUCUUGACAACCUGCUGUCAGUUUUGAUUUUCAAUACAGGAACAGAUGUACUGAAGACAUGGGAACAUAUUGUAGGAAUCCAUUGUUAUGGAUCUUUAAAUAAAUGCUUGAUGGUUUUGGUUGCUGCUGCAUGCUCCAGCCCUCAUACUCCCUUGUUUUGAUUGUUGUGGUUCGUAACCCAACAAAAUAUGAAGUUCAUAUUUUGGUUGGGUGUCUUCCUGGGAGUUCUCCAUUGAUGUUUUUCAGGGAGGAUAAAUUUAGACUUGAAGGUGCAGAAGACCAGAAGACUGGACCUGUGAAUUAGUGCUUCGUACUUGAUCCAUCCUAAGUUUUGCCGUGGUGAAGUUAUUAUAUAUAGGUGCUUGAUAUUUUUUAACCUUUUGUAUUUGUGUGUGUAGAAUGCUCUGUGUAUGUGUUUGUU